GGACCCAGUGUGAGAGAGGCGGACGUGGGUAGCCUAGACCCGGAGAGUCUGAGCCGAAGCUGGAGACAGCCUGGGCUGAGCCGAUCGACAAAGGUGAGGAGACUCGGAGGCCGGUGAGCGGUCCGCGCGGGAGAAUCAGCCCCGGAGACAGUGGGUUUAGGGACUUCUUGGUAUUGGGGGCUGGGAAUCACGCGGCUGGGCGAGCGGAGAGGGUCCCGAGCAGGGAUCCUGAUGGAAAGACUGGGAAGAAGUGGGAGGGCUCUGUGGGAGGCGGUUCCUGCAGAGUCACUAGGUGGGUUCGGGUGCCGGAGAUUUUAAGGCUCACGGGUGGCGUGACCUCAGGUAGAGAGAGAGGCUCGCUGCGGGAUCAGGUUGGGAGCAAACCAGGGGAACAGCGGUCGGACCGGGGAAGGUGUUAGGUCAAGUAUUUACUCUGGAGCGAGGGGAAGAAGGAACAGGGUCCAGGCCAGAGAGGCAGUCCGAGGUCCUUAAAGGAGGCCGAGAGGCGGGGGAGAUGGCUUUUUCUAUUGUCUCUGACACAGGCAAUAUUGGGGAGGGAGAGAGGAGAUACGAUUAUGCCGUACAGUACACCCCAGUCUCCCAGUCUGUUUCCUGAUUCUCAAAUUCUGGUUUCAAACUCCUUCGCUUUGCUCUUCAGUUGCAGGUCCGAUCUUUGAGUACCUCAGGAGCUGCUCGUCAGCCCCUGCUUCUGAGCCUAUGGAUUCUCCAUCUAGCGUUUCUUCCUGUUCUUCCUACUCUCUCUCUUCCUCAUUUUCCACCUCCCCAGUGAACAGUGACUUUGGCUUCCCCUCCGAUAGUGAGGGGGAGGGAAUGGGGGCCCAUGGCCCCAGGCCAGACACUAUUAGGCCGAGGGGAGGUUCUCGGCCCAGCCCCGGUCCAAUCCGUCACAGGCGGAGACCCAAGGUUUCCAGUAUCCAACAGACAGCAUCUCACUCGGAACAGCGGGGCUUGGCUUUUCCUAUGGCCGGAUCUGGGGUCAAAAGAUCAAAAGAUCGUGAAUUGGAGACCAGUCUCAACAUUCAGGGUUGUACCACAGAAGGAGACCUGCUCUUUGCUCAGAAGUGUAAAGAGCUCCAGGGAUUCAUACGCCCUCUCACAGACCUACUGAAUGGGCUGAAGAUGGGUCGUUUCGAGAGAGGAUUGAGCAGUUUCCAGCAGAGUGUCGCAAUGGAUAGGAUCCAGCGGAUCGUAGGCGUUUUGCAGAAGCCACAGAUGGGGGAACGUUAUCUAGGAACCCUGCUACAGGUAGAAGGGAUGUUAAAGACUUGGUUUCCUCACAUAGCUGCCCGGAAGUCAUCAUCGGGUAGUAGCAGACACCAGCUGACCAAGCAUUUCCCAAGCCGCCGCAGUUUUCCAACUGCUUCCUCUCCUGCACCGCCUAUGGAAAAGAUGGACCAGACACAGCUAGGACAUGUAGUAUUGAAACCAAAGCAGCCGUGGCACCUCCCUGAAUGGCCAGCUAUGAACCUCACUUGGAUCCACACCACUCCAAUUUGUAACCCGCCUCUGAGUUCCCAAGGUACCGUCUCCUUUAGCCGUGGUCCUUUAAGCACUGGAACCAGCAUUGGUGUCAUCCUUCUCGUCCAGCAUGGAGAGCAGCCCUUCACCCACUCUGCCCCAACCAGCCCAGCUCCACCUACUACAGCAUCUCCCGUCACCCCUGGUGAUCCUAAGAAACUAUCUGGAGCUGGACCUCGUUGCCACAGUUUGCCAGUAACUCUGCCAUCAGACUGGAGCUGUACCCUAUCCCCGCCUGAUCUACCCACCACAGCCAGAGACAUGACCAAGGGACACCUAGAGCCGACAAGAAGCCAUCCUCCAGUUGCUCCUGCUUUCCAUCCUCUCAACUCCUAAUCCAGGACUUGAGACUGUGUUUUCUAAUUUGUGUAAAUAUAUGUCUAUAUAUUUUACAUUUAAUGUGUGCAUUUGUGUUGAAAGAAGAGAAAUUCUUUCUGAUUAAAGAAAUUUUAUACC